GCCUCUAUUCGCUCCGCGUAGAGCUCACGGACCUGCUGCUGCUGCCGCCGAUCACGGAGGCAGUGAGGACCAGCGCUCUUGGCCGUCGCCUCGCCGCUGCCCUUCAAUCGCGCCCCGAUCCCGCCGCGCUGCCCCGCAGUCCUUGUGGCCCGCACACGCCGGGCGAGCACGUCCCGAGUUCACCCACGUAGCCAGUAGCUCCAUCUUUGCGACGGCUAGUAAGACCGUGGCAGGUAAACCGCACCGCGCACGCGGUUUAGAGUGCAUCGCGUUGUGCUCGCUGGCAGCGGCACUUGAGCGCGCACGAGGGGGAGUGGGCGCGGCAGCACUGCGCCGCACCCCCGCCAUGUACCGCCGCGCCUAUCACGCCACCCGGACGGAUCGCUGCGCGCCGCCUGCGGGUUUGUCGCCGUGCGCGGGAGACGCGGAGCAGCAGCUCGUGCGCGGGCCGUCGGGCGGAGCAGGUGGAUGCGGAGGGCGGGCGAGCGGGGCGGCGGCAAAGGAGCCGGCGUUGCCUCGCUGCACCUCUGCCGUCGGAUCCGGCGUCGCGCUGUGUGCGCCCGCCCCAGCGGCGGAGCUCUCCUUGGACGACUCGGAUCUCGCCAGCGUCGUCAGCGAGAGCUGGACCAAAUGCGCCGCGUCGCGCCGCGUCGCCUCCGCUGAGCCCUCCGCAUUUCCCGCUGCCGGCCGCUUUCCCGACCAAGGCUUGCCCCGUUCUGCAGCGAACGCGUCGUCCACUCCUCACUCCAGCGCGCCCGUGCCGCCUGCCACUGCGGCGGCGGGCGCGCCCGGGUCGUUAUCGACCGGCAGCCUGUGCGGCCGCUUCGCCGCGUGGGGGUGUGCCGACCCGCUCGUCGCGUUCGAGCACGGCGCGCUGCUGCGGGGAGACACCGGAAUGUCGCACGCUGCAGCGCAGUUUCCGCGCGCCCAUCCAUCCGCGCAGGCAUCGGCGGGGCGGGGGCUGUUGCUUGGAAGCAGCGCGAGCAGCAUUAGCACGAGCUGCCGCCACUCGGCGCUGCACCCGCCGCCGUUCUCGCCGUCCGCCCCGGCGGGGAUCGCCACGGACUGCGCGGAGCGCACGGCGGACAGCGCGGGUGCGCGCUGGGGGCAAGGGGACACGCGGGACGGCUGCGGCGGUGGCGUUGUGGCGGGCGGCGGAAGUAGUAGCGGCGGGCGGAAACGUUCGGCUGGCGGCUCGUCGAGCGCCGCUGUCGUCGUUGGCACCACACGCCACGGCAGCCACCAUCCCGCCUCCGCCGUACUCGCGGGGAUGCCGGUAGCGGUGGGCGCGGAGGAAGCGAUAGGGGAGGCGAUGGGGGAAGGCAUGGCCGAGGCGAUGGGGUGCUGGGGGGAAGGGGUGGGCGAGGCGGGCGGCGAGGGCAUGUGGGAGGGGCUGGAGGUGUCGGAGUACCUGAGCCUGCCCGACGACCUCGCGUGGUGCGCGUGGCCCGCCUGCGACCAGGUCGCCGUGCCCCGCGCCGGCAACCCCGCCGCCAUGCCCGCGGGGUUGAGCAGCGCCGCUGGACGGGCUGACGAGGACAGCGAGCUCCAAUCGAUCAGCUUCUGCCGCGCGCACCACGCGCUGACUUCAGAUGCGCGCGUGCGAGGCGGGUGUCUGAUGUCGCUGCUGGCGCGCAUGGACGCGGACGGGGUGCACGCCCACCAACCGCCCGCCCCCGACCAUCUUUCCGCUCCCCUUUCCGCGCAUUCUCCCGCGCCCCUUGUCGCCCCCAUCGCCCCUGCCGCGUCGUCGCCGCACCAGUGGCUGCAGCAGCUUCCGCCGCCCGCCGCCCAGGCGGACGCCGCUGGCGCAGACGAUGCGGCGGCGCUGCAGCGUCGAGCGGACGCAGUGGCGGGAUUGGGUGCGGCAACGGCGCCUGUCGCGGGGGGCGGGGCGCGCGGAGGCGGGGCAGCGGAUGGCGCGUGGAAUGGCGAGGGGGUGGUGACUGAGUGCUUCCUCUCGGCGCCGCUGCCAGACACGUGGUUCCGCGGCCUGGAGGCGUGGGAGGACGAACCGCGCGCGCAGGAGGGCGCACCCAGGCCGCACGCAGCAGCGCGUGAGGGGGAGAGGGGGGCAGAGCGUGCACUGCGUGUUGCUGCAGCGUGCUCUGCUGGCUGCCCGGUGACCUCGCCUCUCGCUGCUGCUCCUUCUCCCGCUCCUGCUGCCCAACAUGCUCUUGCUGCCGGCCCAAGCAGCGGUGCUGUCUGCGGCGUGGCGGGAUGGGAGGGGCGCCAGCGGAGCAGCAGAGCGGCGGCAGCAGCAGCGGAUGGUGCGGGCGUGGCAAGCAAUGCGGCGGCGGCUGCCCCACGGCCAGCGGUUGCUGAGGCCUCUGUGGGGGGGAACGUGGAACGGGGGGGCAGUGGGGCAGUGGCGGGGGGCAUGGGCAUGGAUCCAGGUGCAGCAGCAGCACGUGCACUUGGCAACGCAGGCGGCGGCACGUUCAUGGCGUAUCACUUGUGGCCUCGACCCGCCGCUGCUCUCGUGCCACCCAUGCUCUUCGUGCACCCGCCCUUCCCCUCGCCUCCCCAUCUGCUGUACGCAGCAGGUGCAGCAUCAGCUGUGAUGCCUGGCCACGUGCCAGUGGGCGUGCACCCUCACGCACACAGUGCCAGCGCCAUGGCGCUUGCACGUGGGCCUGGCAGCCCCAGGUUGUUCUCCGCGCUCCCUGCUGCACUUGCCGCUCCACCCUCUGCACCCACCAGCACCGCCCCUGCUGCCGUUGCGCCGUCCACAACUGCAGGUCACGUGUCCCCAUUACCCGCAGUCCCUGCCCGUGCAGCAACCAUGCUCACACUCCACCCCGCUGCUCCGCGCUUCCCACCCCCUGCGGCCCUGUACCCUGCGCCACCCUCGCUGCACGCCCCGUGUGCGGCGCGCUCUGCGGCCGCCAUGAUGAUGGCAGCCGCCACCGCCACGGCCAUGGCGAGCCGGCGAUGCCUGCUGGGGCUGGCGGGCGAGCCCGCGCUUAAGAGGAAGCGCGGCCGCCAGAAGAAGGCGCCGCCGCACAACGGGCCGUGCGGCGCCACCACAAACCUGAGACGCAUCGCGCCCAGGGGAGGGGGGGACGAGCAGGGCAACGAGGUGGGGGCAGGGGCGCAGGUGGGUGAGGCAAGAGGGGGCGCAGUGGGCAGCAGGGGCAAAGGUGCUGCUGUUAGCAAUGCAGGCAGAAGUGGGUCAGGCGGAGCCGGGGGGGAGGCUGGGCAAGGAAGAGUGGCACGUGGGUUGAGGGCGGCGGGCGUGGGCGCUGUGGGCCCCGUGUUCAUGCCUCGGGCCUAUGUGCCGUACCCUCUCACCUUCCACUCCAUGCCACACGUGAUGCACGCAGGGGCUAUGUCCUCACCUUUCACUCACCUUGCCAUACCUUCUGCAACUGCUGCGGUCAGUGACGGCGCCAGUGAUGGUGCUGCUGCCACAGUGGCUCCGGUUGUCGUUACUGCUGCUGCAUCGCCUUCUGCUUCGCUUGCUUCCCCAACUGCUGCUGCUGCUCACGACUGUGCUGGCAGUGACACAGCAUUUGCAGCAGCAGACAGCACUGUUGGGGCUGGUUCAGCAUGUAUUGCUGCUGCACCCAACUGUGCUCCAUGCCCUGCACCCUCAUCUCUUGAACCCCCUUCGUUUGCGCCUCCAUAUAACUUUCCUGCCACAGCCACUGUAGCAGCAGCCGUUGCAGAGGGGGUUGAAGGUAGAGUACAUGGGGCAAGGCUGGUAUCGAGGAUUCUGGAAGAGAUGGGGGGAGUGGAUGCAGAGGACUGCGCUGGUGGCAGGCAUCAGUGGAAACUUGCAGAGUUGGAACGAUGAUAUAGUUAUCAAACCUAGAAUUGAAUAAUGUGAGAGAGAGAGUACACAAACAUAUACCUAAAUGUUGUACUC